AUACGACCUUUCCCCCACCGCUUUCUCCCAUGCAUUUGUCUUUCCUCAUCCCCACAGCACCACUAGUGCUUCUGUUCUUGCGCGCUCUCUCUCUCUCUUAAAGCACUACUACCGAGUGCUAGUGCUAACAUCUCUCUCUUCUACAUAACUUGUCUCCCUGACACUACCCCUUUCUCUCCACUCCAAGCUGUUUCACCAUUCUCCUUAAAGAAGCACUUCCCUUUCCAGUUCUCUGACAAGUCAAAUUUCAUCCCAUUUGUCUUUGUUCACCACUUCUCUCUCUCUCUCUCUCUCUCUCUCUCUCUCUCUCUCUCUCAAAUUGUUGCGCAUAAUAUUAAAACAGAAACAGAAUGUCUAGCAGAAGGUCACGUUCUAGGCAAGCAGCAACUGGAGUUUCAAGGAAUAUCAGUGAUGACCAAAUUAAUGAACUUGUUUCUAAGUUGCAAGAACUUCUUCCUGAGCUUCGCCGGAGCCGUAGCCGCUCUGACAAGGUAUCAGCAGCCAGAGUGUUGCAGGAGACUUGUAACUACAUAAGAAGCCUGCACAGAGAGGUUGAUGACCUAAGUGAGAGGCUGUCCGAGCUAUUGGCUACCACUGAUGGCCCUCAGGCCGCCAUGAUUAGGAGCUUACUAUCCCAAUAGGCCUUAAAAUCAUAUUUCAAUCAAUGCUGUAAUUUCCCUUUAUAAUUAAUUUCUUGUUUCUCUGAUCUUUCUGAUCAGUGAUCUAGCUAGGGUUCUCUCACUAGACCUGGAAAUGAGUUUGCAGCUUGGAUGAUUAGAGCUACAGAGAGUCCAUGUGCAAGUCUCUCUUCUCACUUUGACUAAUAAUAAAAGGAUCUCACUUCUCUCAAGAGGCUCCUAUUUUGAUGAA